AAUGGUCGCAAAUGUAAACAAACAUAGCUUAUCUCAACGGCUGCUCAUUGUUGUUCAAUUGUCUCUCCAAUCACAAUGACAGUGCAAUACGGCUUAUGCAAAUGUUUUUUCUCUAAGAACUUCUUCAUUAGAAAGUAUGAGAUACACGUAACUUUCCUCAAUAAAGCGCAAUUUCUAGAAGACUUCUCGAAGAUCUUGAAGGCCAAGGGCUGCUCAGACCCAGAAAAGCUUGUUCCUGAGCUAGAGAAAGAAGUGGAACGAAGACAGCAUGUUCAUGAGGAAAGACGGAGACAUCAGCUGUAUGUUGCAGAAGAAUACAGUCGUUUUCAUCCCAAGAUCUUCACCCUGCAAUCUUCAUUCCUUGACCCCAGAUUCUGUGAGAUGGUCAGCCAUGCCAGGAAACCAGAUUGUACAGCUGAUGACCUAAAGGCAUACAUGAAGGGCCUCCAGAUGCGGAUGUACUCUUUUCCUGUCUUUACUCCAUCAUUCUGCCAAAUGUUUGUUGAGGAACUAAAGCACUAUGAAACCUCCUCCAUUCCCAAGUUCCAAGCUGCAUCCAUGAGUAAAUUUGCGAUUGAUCUGGGUGUGUUGGGAUUUGAUCAGUUCCUCUCAGAUCUAAGGACAGCAUACCUGGCUCCUCUCGUAAAGGUGCUUUACCCUGACUGGGGAGGAGACCAGCUGGAUACCCACAAGGCCUUCAUUGCUCAGUAUAAGGAAGGAAGGAACUUGGAUACGUCAUAUCACUUUGACAAUUCUGAGGUUACCCUAAAUGUUUCCUUAAAUGAAACUUUUGAUGAUGGAGACCUUUACUUUGGUGCAAUGAGAGGGGAAGAAUCAUCAUUUCAUACUGGUUACUCGCACCAGCUUGGUCGAGGAAUUCUUCACCGAGGACAGCAAAUGCAUGGUGCUUUUCCUAUCAUGGAGGGAGAAAGGUACAACCUCAUAGUUUGGCUUCGAUCCUCCAGGAUAAGGAAUCAGCUGUGUCCAAUGUGCAAUGAAAAGCCCAAAAUUAAGGCAGUUGAAAAUGGAUUUGGGGAUGGAUUCACGCUUGAUGACAACACUGUAUAGAAUUUCCUCACCUAUUUUUGUUAUCAAUAUCCAAAAUAUUGAAUUAUUAAAUAUAUAUACAUAUAUAUAUGUAUGUAUUUGGAAGUUGUUAUAUAAUAUAUGUAUUUUUAAGGAA